ACCGUUCAGCCAUGUUGUGGUUUUGAAUGAGGAAGAAGCGGGAGAUAGUACUCUUCGACGACUUUUUUCCGCCAAAUACCGUUUCGUUAAGGAUAUUAAACGGUUUAGUGUGGUACACAACACCAUACGGGGCAUUCCGAAUGCAUUGUUUGCCACCUCUCGCUUCCCUGUAGUAAUUUAGACAUAGUCCUGUAAAUUAGCUGCGUUGCUAACAACGUUGGCUAGCGAGCUCGUUAGCAUUGCUAGCAAACAAGCUAGCGAAGUCCCCGUUAGCUAAACUAUCGGUCAGUGCAAACUUUUUGAAUCAGCUCCGUUUAACGCGUCUCGCUCGAAUGACUCGCGCUUGGUCAGCGAGUGUUGGCUCCAAAGACCGCUAGACGGCACCUUUUUGAAGCGAUUUAAUGUAAACUGGCGACGUAAUUAGGGCAAACUCGAAAACAUGUUGAAUAAAUUAUACGAAUGGGUCAAUGAGUCAAGCGUUCGCAACGGUGUUCCAGCUGUGGAGCCGUCUCAUACAGACCGGCCAGACGGAGAUGAUGACAGUAGGAUGAGACGGAAAAGAAGAUUUGAAUGCUUGGCAGACGGACAUGUGGGCGACCAAAAUGAACGGACACUAAAGAAAUCUCGAAUGGGAGAUCUUAUUGACACUGUCAAGAUUGCAGCUGAAGGACUAAAGAAUCGGAGCUCAAGCGUGGCGACAUGGAUGAAGACCAGUGUGAGUCCGACCUUGAGAAACAUACUGCCUGCAUUCUCUGGUCGUCAUCGUCUUGAACUUCAGCCACCCACAUCAUCAGCGGCAAGUUGGACGCCGCUUCCCGUAAGUCAAGUAUCUAGGGAUGCAGAUGUAAAUCCGACGUUUGCUGCUCCCGUUACAACUUUGGAAUGGAAAACGCCCAGAUCGGUUUGCAGGCGACACGUGCAUAUUAGUACUCCGCAUCAGGAAGGCCCCAAAAUAAACGGGCAUCCAUGCAGCUCGCCCACCACCGUCAAGCCCGACCCGGCCCCCUCCGCGCGGCUCGGCAGGCCCAUCAACAGAAAGUACGCCAUUCUGAGCGGCGCCCCCGCGACAAGCGGCUCCUGCGGCAGCAUGUACGACAAGACCUUUCCCAUCAAAGUGGCGCAGAGGCCGUCGCUCGCUGCCACGGCGGGCCACGUACGUGGCGCCAAAGCCCGGUGCACCGCGCAGGAGUCUAUUCUUUUAGAGGAGAAGGAGGCAUACAGGCAGCUUCUGACCAUGGUCUCGGCCGGCCACUCUUGUCUUUUCAACGGCCACUCGCCUACCGUGGUGAGGUCGCAGAGGGAUUUCACCAGCUUCCUGAGCCCCAGCCGCCGACUGCUACACUUAUCUUCCUUCGCCGCUUCGGCGACGGGGGAUUCUUCCGAGGAGCCGAGCAGCCCCCUUGGCAACGGAGGGGUGUCGAGCCGGAGCUCCAGCAACCUUCCCAGCCCGGCGAGCGCCUCUUACAAGACGGGGAACUCCCGGGCCUGGUCCGCCGACGCCGACCUCAGCUCCGGUCAUCCCUCGCCGUCCGCCGUGCUGGACUCCUGCUCUCGGGACACUCACUCAUCGGCACACGACGACGACUCUGUUAUUAUUGUAAAUGAGAAAAAGAGCAAAAAGAGCAUGCCGUGUUUCCAGGCUGAGUUGUGGAUUAAAGAAUUAAGCAGCAUCUAUGACUCUCGGGCCAGAGAAAGGCGAAGACGGAUCGAAGAGCAGGAGGCCUUGACCGCCCGCCUGCAGCGACAGCGCCUGUCGGAAGGAGGCCAGCGCGCCACCCAUGUGGAGCUUCACGUUCGAGUUCCUUUGGAGAAGGAAAUUCCUUUGACUUUCGUUAUACAAAAGUCCGAGGCUUUGGAAGACAAGCCGGAAUUCCCGGAACUCACAGAGGAAAUGGAAGCACAAGUCGACAGGGUGUUGCGACGCGGGAGUUCCGACGAAGUGUUCAGUGAAGGUUUUGGUCUCAGUCUGACGCGCAAAGAUCUGCAGACUCUCUGCGGCCUCAGCUGGCUAAACGACGAGGUGAUCAAUUUUUACAUGAACCUGCUGGUGGAGAGGAGCAAGAGCCCCAAGCUGCCUUCCGUCAACACCUUCAGCACGUUCUUCUACCCCAAACUGCGCAGCAGCGGCUACUCAGCCGUCCGCCGCUGGACCAAGAAGAUGGACAUCUUCUCCAAAGACAUCCUCCUGGUCCCAGUCCACCUGAGUAUGCAUUGGUGCCUCUCUGUGGUGGAUUUCCGCAAAAAGGCAAUCACGUACUUUGACUCGAUGGGAGGAAACAACGACGAAGCGUGCAAGCUUUUGUUUGAUUACCUGCAACAAGAAAGCAAGGACAAAAAAGGCAAAGAACUGGACACCUCAGGUUGGAGUUUACGCAGCAAAAAGCGGAAUGAAAUCCCACAGCAGAUGAACGGCAGCGACUGUGGCAUGUUCACAUGCAAAUACGCGGAUUACAUUACCAAAGACAGGCCCAUCACGUUCACGCAGAAGCAAAUGCCAUAUUUCAGGAGGAGGAUGGUUUGGGAGAUAGUCAAUCGCAAGCUGUUGUGAAAGUGCGGGACACAUUUGGAAGAACACCAGCAACACCAGCUCAUCAACCAGAUCAGGGACUGAUGCCCCCUUCUGCCGCCGCUCUCUCUUAUCUUCUGAGGCUUCUCUCAACUUGGCCUACAGGAAGUUGCUGGAGCACCAAGCACUGCCUCCCAGCUCUCUACCUGAGGUUUGACUUCAAACAUUACAAUGUUUCUUCAAGACUAUCACUGUGGAAAACAAAUUGAUGAGGAGGAUCAAGUUUCAUCUUCAACCGAUCGUCAAAUUUUGAAAGCCAUCAUCCCGGAACUCACCUUUGAGUGUCAUCAAGUUUUUAUUUUAUAAAAGGAAAACAAUAACUCACAAAGUUAUAAAGUGUCGCUGCAGGCAGGGCUCUUCACUCAACGACAUAUCUCACGUCUCGUUGGUAUUAAAAUUAUUUGAGACUUGGUUUGUGAUGUGGAUAAAAGCUACUUGAGUCUUAACCAGAGCCAAGGUGCGUAAGUGGAAUCCCGCCUCCAACGCGGCACCUUCUGUCAGAAGUAGAUUUUUCUGAGAAGUGCGGCGUCAUGUUACACAACAAAAUGGGGGAUGCCAGCAAAAGCAAACGUUGUGGACUAGCCUUUGUUUUUUGGGCCCACAAUGGUUGUAUAUUUGCUUCGUGUAAUAUACACAUUGACAUAAAAAAGAUCAAUAUUUUGAUUAAAAAGGUGGUUGUUUUUUGGGCCCACAAUGGUUGUAUAUUUGUUUUGUGAAAUAUACACGUUGACAUAAAAAAAAAUCUAUUUUUUUAUGUUGAUUAAAAAGCUUUUUGAAUUGCCUCAGAGUGCGCGACUUGCUCUUUUACUUUGCUGUUGAGCAGCAUGUGAAAGCAAGUAGGUUCAAUUUCUACCGUCAAUCGGCAGAAAACGGAGCGCUGGAAACACGAGUCUUGCUAAAAGACUUCAAAGUCUAUUUUAUCUAUGUCUUCUGAGUUAACAAAUUUGGGCUAUGUAUAUUCAUAAUAUUUUAAGCCUUGUAUAUAUUUUCAAUUCAUCUUAGAACUUGUUUUGGUACUUCCUAUUUUUAUGUAGUUGGUCUCUUAAUAAAUUCUUAAUUGUU